ACAGAGCUCGUCCUUCUAUGGGUGAAGUAAACUGAUCCUAGUACAGCCAUUUAUGUAAAUCCUGGCACAUUCCAGCGCUGUGAUUGGUCAAACGAGCGUCACGAGACGCGGCACGGUGGAACUCCUGCACUGCUGAGCUCGUGCUGUCUGUGAAAAUGAGUGAGUCUUUAGUUGUGUGUGAGGUGGAUGAAGACCUGGUGAAAAAGUUGCGGGAUUUCCGCUUCAGGAAGGAGACUAAUAAUGCUGCCAUCAUCAUGAAGAUUGAUAAAGACAAACAGCUGGUGAUUCUGGAGGAGGAGCAUGAGGAUAUUUCUCCUGAAGACCUGAAGAACGAGCUACCAGAAAGACAGCCUAGAUUUGUAGUCUACAGCUAUAAGUACCAGCACGAUGAUGGGAGGGUGUCCUACCCUCUGUGUUUUAUCUUCUCCAGCCCCGUUGGAUGCAAACCUGAGCAGCAGAUGAUGUAUGCUGGCAGCAAAAACAAACUGGUGCAGACGGUUGAACUGACCAAGGUGUUUGAGAUCAGGAACACCGAAGACCUGACAGAGGAGUGGCUCAGAGAGAAACUGGGCUUCUUCCGCUAAGAGUGACCCGAACAAGCUAAUACUCGUGUUUAAAGAGUGACCGAGAUGGGACCAUCACCUCUAAACGGAGAGAAUACCAUAGUCCAUCUGAUACUGUCUGUUUGUGUAUGUUUGAAUGCUUCUGCCCAAACUCUAAACCCGCCUGUACCAGAUUAAGAUGACAGAAAUUUGAGGUGAAAAGAAAAGAAACCGUGAAGGCAAAUUCCACAAAUACUCUGAACUAUUCCUUGGAGUUUUUAGAACCAUUCCGUUCUCGUCCCUGAGUAACGGUAACGUAUGUACUGGCAUGCAAAGGUGGUCCAGUCUUACUGCCAUGAUAGUUGGGUGACAUGUUGCAAUUUUAGGCAAUCUUAUGUCAGCUGUCCUUCAUGAUAGAUGACACCGCAACAGAUUUAAACGUUAAAACUCUAUCAUGUGGUAUGUUUUACCAGUUCUGGUGUAAAAUCACAUAAGUCUUCAUGUAAAGGGCCAUACCUUUUCUUCUUUUGUAAUGCAUUUUCUACCUGUAAUUUGACCAAACAUUAAUUUUUAUUUUUUUUGGAUAUCUGUUGAACUAUAACAGUAGGUGAAGAGGUCAGAAGUCUUACUGAUAUUUUUGGGAGAAAGCAUUUGGUUACUUUUCUGGCAUGUUGUCUUGAGUGUCAUAAAUUUAUUCCUUUUUGCCUUUUUAAAUCUGCGCUCAGCCUGAUAAACAAAUCUCCACUAAAGAUCAAGAAUCUGUGAGGACAAUUGAGUGAACGUUCUUUGACUACUUUUUCUUGAUUUAGUGUUUUUUAGGAGAGGUGAUAUAGUAUCUGUCACCCAGAUGUCCUUAAUCACAGAUCUGUCUUACCUUUUUGGAAAUGUGCCGGUUUAGAUGUACAGUGGCAGAGAUGUGCUAUGGUGUUAUUAUGCCACAGGCAAUCAUCUUGUAAUUAAUUCCUCUGUUAGUUAUUCUAAAUGACUCCUCACUGUCCAACUAAACGCUGGAAUAAAGCUGAUGUCAUUCGGUAAACACAAAGCUAAUGUGUUUACAUUUUCUAUGGGCAAAAUGUAAACACUUGAAAUGUCUUAAAUGUUCAAAGCUUAACAGGAUAAUAUGAAUCGUUUAAGGAAGGGAUGUUAUUCUGGUUUUGAUAAGUAAUACCUCUGCAGAUCUCAAGUUUUUCUGAAUUUGUGAGCUCUAAUGUGGGUCAGGCUCAUCUCUGUACAUCUGUAGAACCCCUAACACCUGUGAUUAGUGCCAUUUCCUGUUAAACGCAGAUUGCUCACUUUGGUGGUUUAUAUGAUGUGGGCAUCAAAUGAUAUGUCCCAUGCAGUAGUGAACUGUGUAUAUGUUUAACAUUUAAUUUUUAAUGACUGAAGAUGCUUUUCCUGGUCAUUUAUAACUCAAGAAAGCAGAAAAAAUGGUUAUCCUUUCAAUAUGUGUCUCAAUUACAUUUGUCUGCUGUUUCCAAUAAUUAAAUAGAAGGGUUUUCCUUUGAAAAUUUGA